AGAGAGAGAGAGAGAGAGAGAGAGAGAGAGCUAGCGAGACGAGACGACAGUUCGCGGUGUGGCUACGCUCGAAGCACAUCGCAUGCAUGCUUGCUUGGCUAUAGUUAUUUGCUUUUCUUCUUUUGAUAUAAGACGGUACAUAAACCUAGUUAUAUUUAUUUGUUGCUCUUUUUGCAAAAGACAAUAGAAGUUUUACGUAUAGAUCAUUUUUAUAUUCGUGUUUUUACUUGUCGUGGCAACUGCGACAUAGUGUGGCUCUCUGUGGGAAAAAUAAAAAUGAAAGUCUACAAGCACUGUAGCGGCUAUCAAGAUCUACCGCACUGCUGCACAAUCACACCGAUCCCUUGCAAUUGGUCAUUAGUUCAGUGGUGUUGGUGCGCGCCUGUAUUCGCGAACGAAUAAAAUUCUGCAAGUAUUGCUGGGCUUGUUUUUUUCGGCUCUCGUUGCGCUAUGAGUAGGAGUAUAUAAUUAGGUAUUAGCUAGUCGAUAGCCUAUACAAUGUACUAAGUUAAUACAGACAUUCAAUAGAAGUUAAAAUAAAACUCAGUUGAUCAUUCAGUGAACUCACAGCUGGAUCCUAUUUUAUAUAGAAUACGGCAUUGCGUAACCAUUUGAAUUAAUGUGUGAAAAAUCAUAGCUACAAGGGAGCACUCGGGAGAGCCGAGUAUAAAAAUAAAAUUCAAGAACAAAACCCAGUGCAUCGAAAGUGUAAACAAUCAACGCUGAGAGAAAUUUGUAUUUCUUGACGUCCACGCACGGCUUAUAACAAACUUAAUGUGUGAACUGGAAGAAUAUGGUAUCACGAUUACGGGAUUCAUGAUCUCACGGCGAGCUUCAUUGUGUAAAGAUUUUAUUGUACUAAAAAUAAUAAUAUUAUUAUUAUACUUUAAAAUCUGGGAGAGUAAUAAAAGCGCAUGCAGUUGUUUAUCGAAAGUUUGUCUGGCGCCAGACGACGAAAGGCAGAUAGAAUUCGUUGGCUGCGCAUGAGGAUUUUUUAAGCAGCAACACCUGUCGUUGCGACUACAUACUUACAUCAUUGAAGAUGAUGCUCAAAAGUAGCUUUAAGAAUGACAUCAACAAGCAAAGGUCGCAACCAAAAAUCUGGUGCACAACUACCUCUAAAGCAGAAACCUUCUCCAGCAAUCAAUAUAAUCAGGAAAAAGACAAAGACACAGACAUCUCAUCAGCCGACAACUCCACAAACAGAUCCAGUGGUUCACUGUUAUGACAUGCCUAUACAUGACCAGCGCUCGUACUGAGGAGGAUCAGUCACUUACUUCUAAUGCACAUGAGCAGACGACUAUCAACACAAUACCAGAAAAGUGUUUUUAUCGAUUGCCUUCAGAAUGUCCUCCACCUGGUGCUAAUCCAUGUAGAAGAAUAACAUUGUCUAAUAUCAGCACUGAACAUGAUGCUAUUUUCUGCUGCAAUUUGAUAAGUCUUACUGAAUUCGAAUUCGCUCUGUCUCGUGCAAAUUUUCCAGAUAAUGUGUCUUAUAUUCACAUUCGAAAUGCCACACUGGAUUUUAUUAAUGUUACUGAAGUUCGGUGGAGAAUGUUAAAAUCAUUAGCUGUAACAGAUGGAAAAAUUCAUCGAAUAAGGGGCCAAUUUUUGAUGAUGACACCCAUUCUGUGUCUAAAUUUUUCAAAUAACGCUCUUUUGGAAAUGGAAAACAAUUCAUUAAGCAGACUUACUCAGCUAACGACUUUGGAUCUUUCCUACAAUAAUUUGACUCACUUACCUGCCUUAAACAUUAUGAAUGGUAGAGAAUUCUGGCUGGAUAUUUCUGGAUCGAACACUUUAUUAUGUCAUGAUAUUUAUCAAAAUAUAAAUAAAACAGGAGAAAAUCAAAUUAUUUUUAACAGAGAGAACGAAACCGUUUGUUCGUCAAGCAAAACUUGGCAUUGGUUUAAUGCUACUGCCCAAGUUCCUUUAAAACAAGUGCGUUACCUCAGUUCUCUACAAACUGAAUGCCCCAAGGGUAAAAAUUGGCAGUGUGCUUGCGAGUUUAGCAGGUUGGAACUUCUUAAAGAUAAAUUACCGACUUUUGCAGUUAGAGUUGAUUGCAGUAACAUUCAGUUGAUCCAACUUCCAGAAAAAUUACCUCGCAAUACAAUUGCUUUAAAUGUUUCCUACAAUAAUAUUACAGUUCUUGACGAAUUGAGCUCAAAUCCAAGCUACGAUGGUCUGAGAGAGUUUGUUGCUGAUUACAAUAAUAUAUCAUCUAUAAAUAAAUUAGAGGGCUCUAAAUUCUUGGACAGCUACGCUUUUCUUAGCCUAAGACAUAAUAAAAUAAAAUCGCUUCCCACAUAUAUUUUGGCAACCAAUGCUUAUGGUGAUAAAAGUUAUAGUAGCAGUAGGUAUGGUGUCAAAUUUGGAGGCAAUGAGUUGCAUUGUGACUGCAAUACUGCAAAGUUUUUGAAGGUUUGGCUGCAAACUAAAAUAAUAGAUUAUGACGAAGUAUUGUGCGAGAACGUUAAAGAAAAGGUCAUUGAUUUAGAACCAUCAAAGAUGUGUGUCUACCCUGGAGACUGGACUGAUUACAUUUAUUACAUAAUCGCUACUGAAGUUUUAUUAUUAAUAAGCCUCAUAGCAAAAGUGUCUUAUGACUAUUGGAUAUUCAAAACAGCUGGAUAUCUUCCGUGGCCAGCAAAUAAAAUGCCAAAGCUUCCUUGUGACUGGUUAUGUGAAACAUAAUCGUGUUUAUUUUCUAGUGUAAAAAAAACUUGUGCAGAAAUUAUUUUUAUUGCUUUCAAAGAUUUGUCAGUUUGACAUAAUAAUAACUGUAAAUAGUUUUUAUGCAAGAGUUUAAAUAAUUAAAUAAUUAUGAAUGCA